UAGCAAUUAAGUUGAAGGCGUUCCAGGCGACGUCGUCGAUCAGCGUCGUCGCCACACCCACCAAUGGCGGCCCGCCACCUCGCUCCAUCUGUGGUUGCCGCCCUUGUCGCCCUGCUGUGCGCGGCCGCGGCCUCCGUAGCGGCGGCGCAGCCACCCCCGCCGCUGCCGUCCAACUACCACGUCAUCACCCCGGGCAAGUACAGGAGGGACCAGCAGCUGGCCUGCAACGACGACGAAAACAACAGGACGGCGUGCGUGGCCAAGUGCGACAGGCGUUGCCCUAACCAGUGCAUCGUCCUCUGCCCAGGAUGCAAGACCUUCUGCAUGUGUGACUUCUACCCCGGCGUGUCGUGCGGCGACCCCCGCUUCACCGGCGGCGACGGCAACAACUUCUACUUCCACGGCAAGAAGGACAAGGACUUCUGCAUCCUCUCCGACGCCAACCUCCACAUCAACGCCCACUUCAUCGGCAAGCGCAGCCCCGCCAUGAGCCGCGACUUCACCUGGAUCCAGGCCCUCGGCGUCCGCUUCGCCGACCACCGCCUGUACAUGGGCGCCGCCAAGACCGCCAUGUGGGACAACGACGUUGAUCGCCUGGAGCUGGCCUUCGACGGCGCCCCCAUCGACAUCCCUACCGAGAUCGGCGCCGUGUGGCAGUCCGCCGCCGCGCCUGGGCUCACCGUCACCAGGACCGCCACCACCAACGGCGUCAGGGUGCAUCUCAAGGGGGUGUUGGACAUCAUGGCCAACGUGGUGCCCAUCAGCGAGGAGGACUCCCGCAUCCACAACUACGGCGUCACCGACGACGACAGCCUCGCGCACUUCGACCUCGGCUUCAAGUUCCUCGACCUCUCCGACGACGUCCACGGCGUCCUCGGCCAGACCUACCGCUCCGACUACGUCAACCAGCUCAGCGUGAGCUCCAAGAUGCCCGUCAUGGGUGGGGCGCCCAAAUACGUCGUCUCAGACAUCUUCGCCACCGACUGCGCCGUCGCAAGGUUCGGUCGUGCCGGCGGCAUCUCCAUGGUCACUUCUAGGGCCUACUAAACUCCUCCAUCGUUGUGAUGUACUACUUGGACGUUGCCGUGGAUGCAGCAAGCAUGACGCAUCACCUUUCACCUAUACUGUGGUAAUAAUAAUCGUUUCGCGGUCAGAUGCAUGCAAAUUUCAUCACAGUCUAUAUAUAUAGUCAUCGGAUGCAGUAAUAAUAAAUUUAUUAUUUACCAA